UGAUGUCACUUCCUGUUUGAGCGCUUGUGCGGCGCGGGAGCCUACUUCCGGCUCGGCUGUUUGUUUGUGUCCGGAAGGGCCUUCCAGGGCUGAAGUGGAGCGUUGAGCGCUGCCUCCCAGAUCCACCAUACAAUGGUUCAUAGAUAAAAGUAGUCAAAUCUUUGACGUAGAGGCUAUUGAGCUGUGAAAAUGAACCCAAAUACUCCUUUCAGUGGACAGCAACCUGGAGGUUUCCAACUGCCACCUCAGCCUGCAACUGGAAUGUUUCCUGCUCAGCCAUCAUUCCAGUUUGGUCAACCACCUAUUUUUGGGAAAAACACAGGUAGUGGAGUAUUGCUGAAGAAUCCUGGAUUUACUCACCUACCUGAUUUUACAGUAACAACAGGAGUUCGUAGUUCUUUGGGUUUGGGGCAGACUCCUGGAUUUGCACAGUCUUAUACUGCUGCACAGACCACGUCCUUUGUGACUUCUGCCCCAACUUACUCUUCUGUUCCUAGCAAGCAAGCAUUCAGUUUUAAACCACCUACAGCUCUUGGGCCUUCUCACACUCCUCCUAACUUUGGAGCUACAUCUACAGAAACUUCGGGCAGUGGUUUUGUGGGCCCAGAUUUCAGCUUCAAAACCCCGGAGAAUGCAAUAUUCAAACCUAUUUUUGGAACUGGUUCAGGACAAGAAAAAUUGGCAAACACAGGAAACCAACCUUCUUUCACAUUUUCCUCUCCAAGUACUAGUGGAUCUGGAAGACUAGCUCCCUUUGCCAUCUCUCAAGCAGGCAGCAGCGCAGCCAGUACAAGCUAUAGUUUUUCAAAACCACUAAGCAGCAAUACUUCAGCAUCUUCAUUCGGUGUUGCUUUACCAAGCAAGACUACAGAGGAUGACAAAAAAAGACCUGCAGUAUUCUUUGCAAGCCCUAGUAGUAGUUUUACCUCCUUUUCAAACUCCUCUACUGGGUCUCUAGUGGAUCCUUUUCAAAUGAAUAAAUCAGCCAAGCUGCAGCAUGAAGAAAUUGUUGCACCAAGUGAGCCACAUUCUCUCUUUGGAAAGGGAACAAAGCGGAAAGAAGAGCAAGAACCUUUUCCAAGACGACAUGAAUAUGAUGGUGUGGAUGAGCCAGAACUUCUAUCAAAAAGUGACCAUUCUCCCAAUAAGCGACCUGUCAGGCUGAAUCGACCUAUACGAGGUUUGUUUGACAGAACAUUGCUAGAUGUAUUGAAAAGCAAUAAGAAAGAGUCAAAAAUGGAGAAAGUUCCUGCAGAAUCUGGAGAAAUGGAGCAAGCAGGUGCAGUAGGGGAAAGCCAGACUGGUUUCGCCAUGGCUAGAGCAGUAGUAGCAACACCAAGAAAGGAAGAAAGUAAGGUCAAAUUCAAGGAGGGUAAGUAUUUAUUUAUUUAUUUGUUAUUCGAACUUAUAUGCUGCCACUCCCCUGGGGCUCGGAGCAGCUUACAAGAAUGGCUAAAAUCUAACACAAUUUAAAAACAAUUUAAAACA